AUGGCUUCUAAGCAGGCAAAAGCUGCGGCAGUGGCCUGUGCCGGUUUGGGAGGCAUCAGCUUCGCAGUUCCGUCACUUCGUUCAAGCGAGCUCAGCGCACUUGGUGCGCGGGGAGCGCACGCUGCGCAGGGAGCCGAAGCGGCGGCCGGCGGUGCAGGCGCCUUCACGGUGGGCGCGGCCACCGCCGUGGCGGCGGCGUCCGCGCGCCGGAAGCCGCGAGCCAGGAUCGCUGCCCGGGCGGAAGGAGUUGGAGCUCCGGGUGAGAAGGUGGUGGGCAUUGACCUGGGAACCACCAACUCUGCACUGGCUGCUGUGGAGGCGGGCACCCCCACCAUGAUCCCAAAUGCGGAGGGUGCGCGCACCACACCGAGCGUGGUGGCCUACUCGAAGGGUGGAGAGCUGCUGGUGGGGCAAAUCGCAAAGCGCCAGGCCGUGGUGAACCCUGAGAACACCUACUCGGUGAAGCGCUUUGUCGGCCGCCAGCCCAAUGAAGUGGAGGAGGAACUGAAAGAGGUGUCCUACAAAGUGCAGUUUGAAGGUCGAUCUUGA